UCUCUCUGUAUUGGAAAAAAGCCCCGUGUGGAUCACAGCGAUGUCAGUCCAGGCUGUGGCAGCGAAAAUGGCCGAGGUCGAAUUAAAAGACGUGGCCGUUAAAGACUCUCGCCCCGCUAUUUCUCCGCUGACACCCAAGGCAGAGGAGAAAAAGAGUGAAAAUAACUCUUCUUCAUCAUCAUCGUCAUCAUCCUCCUCGGCGGCCGCGGCGGGGGAGCCGAGCCCGUUGGCCGCCGCACCGAACCCCGUGAAGAUGCCACAGGCGUCCGCAAUGAAGCGGUCCGACCCGCAGCAGAACGGCGGCGAGGCGUUCAUCAACUGCGACGGCACAGUGGCCGAGGCCCCACGGAUGAAAAAGAUCCAGUUUGCAGACCAGAAGCAGGAGUUCAACAAACGUCCCACCAAGAUCGGCCGCAGAUCUCUGUCUCGCUCUAUCUCACAGUCAUCUACAGACAGCUACAGCUCAGCUGCCUCAUAUACUGACAGCUCUGAUGAUGAGACCUCUCCCCGUGACAAGCAGCAGAAGAACUCCAAGGGCAAUGGAGAUUUCUGCAUCAAGAACAUCAAACAGGCUGAUUUCGGACGCAGAGAGAUCGAGAUCGCAGAGCAAGAGAUGCCUGCUCUCAUGGCAUUGAGGAAGAGAGCUCAGGGAGAGAAGCCAUUGGCUGGAGCCAAAAUUGUGGGCUGCACUCACAUCACUGCACAGACUGCUGUGUUGAUGGAAACCCUCUCUGCUCUGGGCGCUCAGUGUAGGUGGGCUGCCUGUAACAUCUACUCCACCCAAAACGAGGUAGCAGCUGCCCUGGCUGAGGGAGGUUUCUCAGUAUUUGCCUGGAAGGGGGAGUCAGAGGAUGAUUUCUGGUGGUGUAUCGAUCGAUGUGUUAAUGUGGAGGGCUGGCAGCCCAACAUGAUUUUAGAUGAUGGAGGAGAUUUGACCCAUUGGAUUUAUAAAAAAUAUCCCAACAUGUUCAAGAAGAUCAAAGGCAUCGUAGAGGAGAGUGUGACUGGAGUUCACAGGCUAUACCAGCUGUCCAAGGCAGGCAAGUUGUGUGUGCCCGCAAUGAACGUUAAUGACUCUGUGACCAAGCAGAAAUUUGAUAACCUGUACUGCUGCCGGGAGUCCAUCUUGGAUGGUCUAAAGAGAACCACAGACGUGAUGUUCGGUGGAAAGCAGGUGGUGGUGUGUGGAUAUGGAGAGGUUGGGAAAGGCUGCUCUGCUGCUCUCAAAGCGAUGGGCUCCAUCGUCUACGUCACUGAGAUUGACCCUAUCUGUGCCCUACAGGCCUGCAUGGACGGCUUCAGGCUGGUUAAACUCAAUGAAGUCAUCAGACAGGCUGACAUCGUCAUCACCUGCACAGGCAAUAAGAACGUGGUGGUAAGAGAGUACAUGGACCGCAUGAAGAACGGCUGUAUCGUCUGCAACAUGGGCCACUCCAACACUGAGAUUGACGUGGCCAGUCUCCGGACCCCUGAGCUGACGUGGGAGCGAGUGAGGUCACAGGUGGACCAUGUGAUCUGGCCGGAUGGAAAGAGAUUAGUGCUGCUGGCAGAGGGUCGCCUUCUCAAUCUGAGCUGCUCCACUGUUCCUACCUUUGUGCUGUCCAUCACUGCUACUACCCAGGCUCUGGCUCUGAUAGAGCUGUACAAUGCUCCUGAAGGCCGCUACAAGCAGGAUGUGUACCUGCUACCCAAGAAAAUGGAUGAAUAUGUGGCUAGCCUUCAUCUCCACACAUUUGAUGCACACUUGACCGAACUGACUGACGAACAGGCCAAAUACCUCGGCCUGAACAAGAACGGACCCUUUAAGCCAAACUAUUACAGGUACUAAACCCAUUCACGGAUGGGAAACGAAGACUAAAGAAAUUACCAAGACUCCAUAAUCCAUACAGACUAAGGCGAGACAGACCUGUGUUAAGAGUCUGCCUUUGGAGGGGAAGGAGAAGCUCUGAGCUGAUUGGUUGGGGGGUGAAGGGCGUGGCUAAUUAGUGCUACGGCAGUGUUUAUUUAUUUUACGCUAGAAUAACAUGGCUAACAUUUAACGAGCUGCUACUGCCAGUGGUGCAACUUAGCGACGUUUCCAUGGAGAUUUCAAUGUUUCAUCUUUUCUUAGCUUCAUGUGUCAGUUGUACGCAAUUCAUUUAGAGAUCUUUUAUUGUUUAACUAUUAUCAAGAUGUGGCAAAAAAAAAAAAAAAAACUAAACUAAAAA